CCGCCCCGGGAGGGCCUGGAUCGCCUCGCAUCUAGGGAACAUUAAGGUACCCCUUGUUCCAGGAAUAAGAGACCCUAGGAGUUGGAGGGGAACUUUGUGGCCCACCCAUCUCUGGGCUCACAGCCCUCCUGAGUUGCCCCUCAGGCCCAGGCGGGUCCCACCCAACCGGCCAGGGUGGCAGCUUGCGCAAGGGGUGGGGCUAGGCGCUUCCCAGCAGAUGCCCCCUCCUGGCUCCUUCCUCUUUCGGUGCCCUCAGCUCCCCCCCAUCUGUCCGCCCCCUCAGGCCAGCCCCGUCCCCCUGGUCCCCCUGGCCAUUGGGGGCUGGCAUGAGUGCUGCCCCCUGGCCUGGUUGGCAGGGGCUGGCGCCCGGGCAAGGAGCUGUGAAAAAGAUGGGGAGCCCUGAGGACGACCUCAUCGGGAUCCCGUUCCCAGACCACAGCAGCGAGCUCCUGAGCUGCCUCAACGAACAGCGCCAGCUGGGCCACCUCUGCGACCUCACCAUCCGGACCCAGGGCCUCGAAUACCGCACCCACCGGGCCGUGCUGGCCGCCUGCAGCCACUACUUCAAGAAGCUGUUCACCGAGGGCGGUGGCGGCGCCGUCUCGGGGGCCGGGGGCGGCGGGCCGGCCGCCGGGGGGGCGGGCGCCGGCGUGUGCGAGCUGGACUUCGUGGGGCCGGAGGCCCUGGGCGCCCUGCUCGAGUUCGCCUACACGGCCACGCUGACGACCAGCAGCGCCAACAUGCCCGCCGUGCUCCAGGCCGCCCGGCUGCUGGAGAUCCCGUGUGUCAUCGCUGCCUGCAUGGAGAUUCUGCAGGGCAGCGGCCUGGAAGCCCCCAGCCCCGACGAGGACGACUGUGAGCGGGCCCGCCAGUACCUGGAGGCCUUCGCCACGGCCACGGCCACGGCGGCGGGAGUUCCCGAUGGCGAAGACAGCCCCCCGCAGGCGCCCCGCCCGCCCCCGCCCCCGCCGCCCCCUCGGCCCGUGGCCCGCCGCAGCCGCAAGCCCCGGAAAGCGUUCCUGCAGACCAAGGGGGCCCGGGCGAACCACUUAGUGCCCGAGGUGCCCGCGGUGCCCAGCCAACCCGUGACCUACGAGGAGGAGGAGGGGGCCAGGGUGGGUGGCAGUGCGGGCAGCGGGCCGGGGGACAGCUACAGCCCUCCAGCAGGGACUGCUUCACCCCCCGAGGGGCCCCUGACCUACGAGGCCUAUGAGGGUGAGGAAGAAGAGGAGGAGCCCGUGUACUCCACCGCCUACGGGCUGGCGCAGGGGGGUGGGCCCCCGCUGUCCCCAGAGGAGCUGGGCUCAGACGAGGACGCCAUCGAUCCUGACCUGAUGGCCUACCUGAGUUCGCUGCACCAGGACGCCCUCGCGCCCGGCCUGGACGGCCAGGACAAGCUGGUGCGCAAACGCCGCUCCCAGAUGCCCCAGGAGUGCCCCGUCUGCCACAAGAUCAUCCACGGGGCAGGCAAGCUGCCCCGCCACAUGAGGACCCACACGGGUGAGAAGCCCUUCGCCUGCGAAGUCUGCGGCGUCCGCUUCACCCGGAACGACAAGCUGAAGAUUCACAUGCGGAAGCACACCGGAGAGCGGCCUUACUCGUGCCCGCACUGCCCAGCCCGCUUCCUGCACAGCUACGACCUCAAGAACCACAUGCACCUGCACACGGGGGACCGGCCCUACGAGUGCCACCUGUGCCACAAGGCCUUCGCCAAGGAGGACCACCUGCAGCGCCACCUCAAGGGCCAGAACUGCCUGGAGGUGCGCACCCGGCGGCGCCGGAAGGACGACGCGCCACCCCACUACCCACCGCCCUCCGCCGCCGCCCCGUCCCCCGCGGGCCUCGACCUCUCCAACGGCCACUUGGACACCUUCCGCCUCUCUCUGGCCCGAUUCUGGGAGCAGUCAGCCCCUACUGGCCCUCCGGUCGCCGCCCUGGGGCCCCCUGAUGACGAGGAGGAGGAGGGGGCACCCAGUACGCCGCAGGCCGAAGGUGCCAUGGAGUCCUCUUAGAGAGGGCCGAGCGGCCGGGCUGGCGCAGCGCGAGGCCGGGCCGCCGCUGCCAAGCAGUGGGAGUGGGCGGGACGGACAGAGCCGGGUCGGGGCUCUGGGCCUCCCCGGCUUCAGAGAUCUGCCCCUUCCCCCGCGCCCCCCAGAACCCUCAUCCCAGUUCCAAGCUGAGAAGGUUUUGGGGUAGAGGCUCCCCAGACUGGGGUGAUCUCCCAAGGAGUGACGCAGGAUAGUAUGUCUAUAUUUACAGCUCUAUUGUAAAGGUGGGGUCCCUGUCCCCAGCUGCUCCUGGGGAGUAGAAGCAAUAAUGUAUUUCUGAUUUGUGGGGUCCCUCUUCGGCUAUGCGGGUUUCCAGGGGGUGGGGGGCUUGGGACCAAAGUCUUGCCCCGCCCCCACGCCCCUAGGGGUUUUGGCUGCGUCAGGGGGUGAAGGACCGCCCCUCCCUUCCCUUCCGAGACCCCUCCUUCCUGGUUUCUGUUCCCUUUUCCUGGCAGUGAAUUAUGCAAAGGGGGGCGGCGAAGGAAGGGUAGGUGGGGGAAAGCGAGGUAGAAGCUGGAAAGCCUGGGGGACUGGGCCCCGCAGGAAGGAGCCAUCCUCGCGCCCCCCCCCUCGCCCCCCGCCAGGCUCCGAGCGCUGAGUCACGGGGUCCUGGAGGAGAAGGGGGCGGGGUGGCCUGAGUGGCUCGCCCGCCCCUGGGGGCAGCGGGAGGGGCCCGCUCCGCUCGGCUCUCCGCCCCGGCCCUGCCCUCCCCUCCCGCGUCCCCGGGCAGGGAAUGUCUUGUUCCCGCCGCUCCCUCCCCGGGGCCAGAGGGCAGGGCGGGCCGGGUGGCUCCUGCCCUCCUCUCCUCCUCCCGCCCAGGUGCGAGCCGGAGCCGCCGCCGGGCCGCCCCUGACUCACGCCGCCCCCGGGCUGGCGCGGCGCGGGCUCGGGCACGGGGUGAGGGGCUGCGGGCCUGCGGAGCGCGCGGGCGGGCGCCCCCUGGCGGCCGCUCCGGGGACCCGCGGGCGCGCCGCCGGGAGAGCGCCGAAGGGGUUCCGCUCCCAGACCCCUGCCGGCCCGGCCGCCCUGCUGGGUCUCGGAGGGCAGCCCCCUCGCUCUUCCCUUAGGAUUGAAUCCACCCCGGUUCUGUACAUAGCCUCUUCUGUUGGUCUUGUUGAAAUCUAGUUUCAGAUUUUUAACUACCCAAUUCUGCUGGGGGUGGGGGCAACUGCCCCCCCUCCCGUCCUCGCUGGGUGCUGCCCCCCCUCGCCCCCCCCCCCUUGCGGCCUGGGCUCUGCCUUGCACUAUUUCCCCUCCCUGGCCUGGCGGCCCCUCCCCCUCCUUAAAAGGGGCAGGUUAAGGGGCCCGGUGCUCUCCCUUCCUCCCAUGCACCCUCAUGCCCAUUUGCACAGCUGCCCAGGUACCCCCAAUAGUGAGGGGGUGUCACAGGGAGGGGGUAGCGGGACCAGUCCCUGUAUCUAUUUAAAAAGUGAUGAUGUAAUAUAUUGGGGUUGGGGGAGGUCAGGUGGCCCUGGGCCUCAUCU